AUGGUGAUUGCUAAUUCAAACUUCGUGUCUGUGAACGCUACCGACAUACCACAGGAACUGGCAGGAGUUUGUGGCAACCACGAUUGUCUAUUUAGUGAAAAAUGUGUACAACUAACAUCAAGGACAAGUACAUGUUCUACUCACGGGAUACAACUGGCUCCUGGAUUAUACGGUGACGUCCUUCCAAACACCCGCAUGUAUCAUCCCCAAGGCAAUACUUCUCUAACGAUUUAUGAAUGUAAGGCUCUUACAGACUCUCAUCCAGUGGAUACAUAUCCGGUGUCUAGGAUUGUUGACGGAGUUUACACUCCAGCUAAGGUAUCAUGUUCUGCCUCCGACUGUUUUGAUCCAGACGUGUCUUAUGAAAAGACUGUUUCUGUGACUGUGCUCGGCAUUGACUGUCAACGCUGGGACAGUGUUACUCCCCAUAUUCCAUAUUAUUUACGCGGAAGAUCUGAUCUGCAUAAUUGGUGUCGAAUACCAGAUCACACGGCCAGACCUUGGUGUUACACGACUGAUCCGAAUAAACGCUGGGAUUUCUGUCUAAUCAUCGACUGCCCAUGA